CGCAUACGUUAAAUUCACCUGAAAAAACCGCCAUUUGAAAGCAAUUGUGAUCAACGGUUGGAAUAACGUUGUUAAAUCAUCUGAUAAAUUGAUAUCAAUAUAAAUAAUUGUGAUAAAAUAAAAAAGGAAUCAUUUGAUGUAACACAAUUAUACUAGUUACUAAAAUGUUUCGAACUAAAACGUCAGUUGAUCGUCAUGUGCAAGAAUUAUUCCGUAAAAUCACGGACGAAAAGGAGAGAUCACUUCGUUGUUACAACAUAGCCAAGCUGUAUUACCAAGUCGGUGACUUCGAGUCUGCUCGUCGAUAUGUAUCGAAUUAUCUCGAAGUAAAAGUAGAGUCCGCAGCAGCCCACAAAUUACUCGCUCAAAUAAAUGAAGCAUUGGGACAAAAGGAAGCAGCCUUAGCCCAGUACCAGCUAUCACUCGAACUAGACGGUCGUCAAGAUGAUUUGAUUUUAAAAGUAUGCGAGCUUUUAAUAGACGUAGACAUCAGCUUGGACAUAAACCGUAUCAAGUACUGGGUCGACCGAGCAGGUGAGAAAUUUCCCCACCACCAAAUAGUAUUUCAAUUAAAAGAAAAAAUGUUGUCAUCAGAUCGAUCUGGAAUCAAUGACGAUCUUGAAGGCUUAAUAAUAUCCGAGUUAUCAACACGUCCAUCAGACGUCAUGUUGCGCGUUAAACUGAUAAAAUAUUACAUUUCUAAAAACCGUAUUGCUGAUGCUUAUCGUCACGCGAUCGAUGUUGAAGCCAAUUACAUUCAUCGAGAUGAUUUGCAGUGGUACGAAACUUUAGUUGACGUCAUGACAUUAUUUAAAGAAACCAAUAAAUUUUCUUCAUCAUUUUGGAUAAAUUAUGUCGCGUCUUGGGAGAGAUUCGCUGCUUUAUCAUGCAAAGAUGGUAAUAAAGUGAAAACAAUCGCCGAGGCAACUCAAGCAAUUUUGAAUUUCGACUCAGCUUUGCAUGAAGUUAAACAACAGCCUCAACAGAAUUCACCUUUCAAUGAUCAAAUGUUCCAUCACAUGUCGGGUCAGCUUUACUACCAUCUCGCUUGUCUGUUGCUGCGUAAAGCAAAACGUGAGCAGAAAAAUUGGACUGAAAUAGCGCGACUGUGCUGCCCAUUGUUACUCAGCGCUUUUCAUGCUGCUCCAAUAGAUCCAACCGGUUCAUGGACUACUGGUUUGAAAGCUCCUUCUAAAACACUCGUCAAUUUAUGGCGUAAAGAAGGAUGUUAUCGUUGCAGUCAAGCUGCGCACGUGCUGCAAGAUUACGCGCGUGAUAAUCCGAAGAAACUGAUGGACAAAAUUGAAGAGUUUAUGAAUAAUUCUUGGCGCGAAAACAUUUAUCGUAAAAUAUUUAAUAACAAAACUCAAAACCCAGCUAAUUCAUAUUUUGUUAAAAAUUCAAAUCAAAAUCCCCCUUUGAGACUUUUGUCAGCCACUGAACUCAAACAAUACGACGAAGAGUCUAAAGAAGUUUAUCCCGAUUCCCUACAUCAUCACGUGUGGCUUGGAAUCGUAAACAAGCCGCGUUUGAAUAGCAAUGAAGCUCCCGGGCCUUAUCCCAAUGAAUAUUCACACGUGUUUCCAAAUUUGCAACUGUCCGUUUACAAUCUAACUCAAGCUUCGCCUGACAGUCUCGGAAUUCUCGAUAUAGACGCGUUCUUGAAUGCCACUAUAUUGUGUUCUCUGAAAACUGUUGAAGAACAGCAAAAAAGCGGACUGCUGUCACCUGAACGUAUGCCCACAUUGCCCGCCGACUUAACGAACACUCUGUGCACGUCGGUCCAAGAAAAAUGGUGGACGUACGCUUAUAAAAUUUACCGAAGAUCUGAAAUAAUUUUCAGUGACAUCGGGGAAAUACGACAGGAAGUUCAACGCGGACUGGAAGUAAUACGUUGCAUUGGCAGUCACGGUUUGCAUCCCAGUAUUUUGGUUCAUUUGGCUCGAAUUUUUAACCACCGGAGUAAAUUAUUCAAAGACAAAGAUAAUAACAACGAUCUUACAUUCAUCCAAGCCAGAUGUGAAUUGUACUGGUCUGCAGCAGUCCCAUUACUUGAGCGAUUACUCAACAAUCAACAGAUUCGUAUGAUAAGCACCCGAAUUUUCGAUUAUCAAGGCAAAGAAAUGAGCAAUCUUGAGCUCAGCAAUGCAUUGGAAGAAGGUAGACUAUUGAUUGCAUGUAAAUACAUCCGUGAUAAAAACUAUGAACAAGCGAGCGACAUUCUUCAGUCAUUGAAAUGUCCUGAGGCUUCUUUCCAUCAAGGAGAAAUUUACAAAAAACUUGCUGAUGAAUUAGUUGAGUCAUUACCAAAAGAGAGCAUCACAUCGUCAGUACGGUCUCAGUACUCGAUAAUGUUGACGAAAGCACGGAAUUGUUUUUACUUGACUUUAGAUCGGUUGCGUAGUCCAGGGAUAAAUCCAAACCAUCCAUUAAACGCAGAAUUGGGAAGCCGACUGGCGAUUAUUGAAGAUGAAUUGUGGCGCAACGACGCCAAGAACGAGGCCGACAAUGCGUCUGACGAAAGUUACUCGUCUGCUCACAGCGUCACUGAACAAUUGGCCAAUUCGACGAUUAAUCAUUCGAGUAUCAUAACACCCCGGCGUAAUAACCAUCGCACACCUAGACAAGCAAGUACUCCACGUCAUCACCAUACUUUAGACAGCGAGAUUACGCGCAGCCGAAUCCAAUCAGAAGCUCGGCCGAGUCCCGAACGUCUUGACGCACAAAUCCGCCAGUUGUUGUACACAAAAGAUAAUAUUUUGCACAGCGUAAUGGACCAACAAAAAACACUACUGGAGUCUAACAAAGCAUUGACUGAAUCUAACAGACAAUUGCAGGCAAUCGUUGAAGAUCUAAGAAAAGAAAUGUCGGAAUUCCGGCUUGAAGCGAAACAAAAAAAAUCAAAACCUGCUGUUGGUGCUAAUCAGUACGAAGAUGACACUUAUGUUUAUGAUGAAGACUACAGUGAGGUUAACUUGAAAAAUACUCAGCCAAUACCUCAACCCAUAAUUCCACCAGCUAUUCCACCGCCGCAUAUUCCGACUAAUAUUUAUCAACCACCGCGUCAUCCAUACUCGCCUCUGGUCUAUCCCAAUCAGCUGAGUAAUUAUUACACAGGGUUACCAUUCAAUGAUCCCAGCCAACUGCAGCCAUUUUAUCCCCCGAGAGUUUUUCCAUUGCCGGCACUCUAUCCCUCGACGCCUGAACGUUCUAUUGGGAUCCCAAAAGUUCCAGACAUGAUGCAACCAGGUAUGUUACAACCUAACUUAUUCAAUUCACAUUUAAUCAAUCCGUUACAUGACAUUGUCUCUCCGCCACAAAAUCAAGUCCCAGUUCAACCAGGCAUCGAUUUAUCGACCACUGCUUCAGCGCCUAAAGAACCAGCCCCAAUUAAAAACGUACCCGUAAAUAAAGACCCGCCUGUCAAUGUUACGAUCACCAGCUCAGAUACUGUUCCAACUAGUGCUUCAAUUGUCCAACCGACUCUCAGUAUUGUCAUUCCACCCCAGCAUCGUAAAACUACAACCAUUGCCAAUUCAAAUCCAGUUACCACUAGUACUCCACAUAAUUAUCAGAUUUUAAUGCCCACGGGCGCUAAAAUUCCUUCGUCAGCAAACUUGCCAUCAUUUUUCAACACGAAUCAGAACGUCAGUACGAUAAUCGGUAGCAAUAAUAUUCCAUUAUCACAAGAUAAAAUAAAUACCAGUGUGAUAUCAACCGGUUCUCACAACAGUUCUAUUGAAGCUGUCGAAGUUGAGCAUGACCCGAUUCCUGAUUUCCAGCCGGUGAUUCCCCUUCCAGCUGAGGUUAAAGUUACAACUGGUGAAGAAGAUGAAGAAACGUUAUUUUGCGCUCGGGGUAAAUUGUUCCGUUUUGUUGACAAAGAAUGGAAGGAUCGUGGUGUAGGAAAUGUCAAACUGCUGCGUAAUAAAGAUGGCAAAGUCCGUUUGCUAAUGAGACGUGAUCAGGUACUGAAAAUUUGUGCUAAUCAUUUAUUGUCGUCUGAUAUGGAACUCAAAGCAAUGCCAAACAAUGAUAAAGCCUGGACUUGGGCGGCUAAUGAUUACGCUGAUGAAGAAGUUAGACUAGAAAAACUUUGUAUCAAAUUUAAAUUAGUCGAAGAAGCUCAGUUAUUCAAAGAGAAAUUUGAUGAAGCGAAAAAAUCAAUCCCCUUAUCGCCGCCGAAAAUUAAAGACCCGGAAAAAUCUAAAACUAAAGAUGUUGAUAAGAAAACUGAUGAUAAAACAUCAGGUUCGUUGAUGGUUGGUGGGUUCUCAUUCACUUCUACGCCAGUUAUUCAAUCGACGGUAUCUGCUGAUGACAAUAAACUCAAGCAAGCUGAAGAACCACCAAAGCCAAGCCCAUUUGCUGGGUUUUCAUUCAGCAAAAGCGAACCAUCAAUGCCAGCAACCGGAUUCUCUUUUACCAAAACCUUUGCAUCAGCUCCUGAAGUUAAAUCCGAUUUAUCUAAUGCACUAGCUGACGUAACCAUUACAAGUAAACCACUACAUCAACCACAAGGCUUGUCAUCGUCCUCGUUGUCAUCAGUAUCGAGUUCAGGUUCUCAAAUCAUGGGAACAAUAAACGAUGAUCAUGAAGCGGUUUUGUUUAACAAGAAUGCGAGUUUGAUGCGCAGUAUUGGUGAGUCAGGACAAUGGAAAGAUCGUGGCAUGGGAUCAUUGAUGCUUUUGCUCAACGAAAAGUCACGUAAAUUGCGAAUAUUGAUGAGAAAAUUAGACACUUUGAAAUUGUCUAUCAACCAAACGAUAACAGGUAAUUUCAUUGUUAUGAAUUUAAGUGGAGCAUCAAAUGUUCUUUGCUGGUCAUCCACGGAACAGAUAAAAUCCGGAAAGCAUGAAACUUAUGCUGUGUCAUUCAAAGAUUCAACAGAAGCUGAUGACUUCCGUGAUAAAGUAAACCGCUUGAUAAAAAUGAUGGUCGACAAUGAAAUUCCUGCUGAAAAUAUUGUCAAAAAUGGCAAAACAAUUGAAGUAAUUGAAUCAAUUAAAUCAACAGCUCCACAGUCUUUAUCAGAAAUGUUCAAACCAGCCGCUGGCUCCUGGGAAUGUACCAGUUGCUAUACCAGAAAUAACGCGGGAACAACUCACUGCGUUGCUUGUUCUGCUCCAUCAGUUGUAAGCUCGACAGGUCACAAAAUCACCGAAAUAUUAAAACCACAAGCUCCAUCGGCACAAACAUCAGCUGAUAAUUCAAACACCAAACCAUCGUUCGGUGGAUUAUUUAAACCACAACCCGAUUCGUGGGAAUGCAAAACCUGUUACAUACGAAACGUUAAAUCUGAUACUUACUGCAUUGCUUGUGACAGUCCUGUGGAUCCGUCGAUGCCUCCUAAGCCAAAACCGAAUGACUUUGGAUUAAAACCAAACAACUCUGGAUCCACGCAAACGUUUACUUUUGGAUUUGCACAGCAACCAGCGACAGCAACUUCACAAUCAACUAAUUUAUUUACCGACAUGUUGAAGGGUCAAAAAGACACUCCAAGUGUUACUGGUUCGUCAUCAGCACCCACGUUCUCAUUUGGUUUAAAUUCACAAGCAUCAAAAGAUUCUGGUAUCAGCGGAUUUACAUUCAAAGCACCAGUUGCUGAUGUCAAAUUACCUGGAGACAAUAAGCCACUGGAUUUCAGUGUGUUCGGUAAAAAAUCAGAAAGUAAAGACUUCAUUUUUGGCAACACACAAAAACUUGACCCGCCGACACCCAACACGUUCGCAUUCGGAUCACCUGGAAAGUCAUUUGACUUUCAGUUUUCAUCAAAGUCUCCAGUUAAAUCACCUGGUGCUGCUGAUGUGAGUGAAGACGAAGUCGCUGAGAGUGAGGAUGUUUAUUUUGCACCUGUGAUACCGUUGCCUGAUAAAGUUGAAGUAAAAACUGGUGAAGAAGACGAGCAAGUUCUCUAUUGUCAUCGCGCGAAGCUUUUCAGAUAUGAUGCCAAAAGUAAAGAAUGGAAAGAACGUGGACUGGGUGACAUCAAAAUCCUUCGACAUGAAGAAAGCCAGAAAACCCGAUUUGUUAUGCGUCGCGAACAAACGCUCAAGUUAUGCCUCAAUCACUUUGUAACAACGGAAUUAGACAUAACUAAAAAAGAUGACAAAACCUGGAUGUGGUACGCAGCUGAUUACAGUGAUGGAGAAAUAGAAUAUGUCCAGUUCGCUUGUCGUUUUAAAACCCAGGAAAUUGCUCAAGAGUUUAAGGAAGCUGCUGAUCUCGCUAUUUCCAAUGUAGCUUUUGAUACCAAUGAAGAGUCAUCGGCACCAACCAAUCAACCAGCUUCUCCAAAUCAAAGUAUCACCCAAGAUGUCCAAGUGGUUUAUGAGCUCAAAGUCACACCGGAAGAGAAAGAUGCAGCUUUGAAAUUGAAGCUUCCCGAAAACUUUUACGCUUACAAACAAAAAGAAGACUGUCCAGGAUGUAUCGGAUGCAAAGACCCAGAUGUCUCGUUAUUUGAAAGCGACAAAUCCAAGCCUCAAACCGUUGCUUCACCGACUACGCCACUCAAUGUCAAAUUAGCGCCACCUAAAUUGAGCCCAUUGCCGUCACAAGCUCCUGCAUCAACCACUAGCUCCAUGGUCUUCGGUGGCGUCAAUUCAUUCUCAUUUGGCUCGACUACGACCCCAACAUUCGGAGCUACGCCCGUUUUUGGCGGCAACUCACUUGCAGCAAAUGACAAAGAUAAAAAACCAAGUUUUGUUUUUGGCAGUUCUGCAAUUCCUGAUACUUCCGAGUCUGAUAAAUCGAAAAAUUUGUUUGCUGAUAAAACAAUUUGUAGCCCAACUUUGUCGACUGUUAAUUUUGGCAAAAGCCAGGCUUUCAAUAAAUCAUUUGGCGAACCACAAAACCAGGGAUGGGUUUUCGGUGCUUCCAGUGCAACUGGAAGUUCAAUAUUUGGUGGAAACAGCAACAAUACUGCAAGUAAAUCUGAAUCAAGCUCAACAGGAUUUAAUUUAAAAGCAAGUACACCAUUUUCGAGUACAUUUGGAAGUGGGUUGACCAUAACAGCUAAGACUGAGCAACCAACAGCAACACCAACUUCUAUUUUUGGUUCGAUUGCUAAUGAUUCUCAAGCUCUUUCAUUUGGAAGCUUAGCUAAAUCCGUUCCAGCAACUUCAGCACCAGCAACUUCAACACCACCAGCAACCAAUUCAUUAGUCUUUGGUUCAACAACAACAGCAACACCAGCAUCAUCUAAUUCAUUAGUCUUUGGUUCAACAACAGCAACACCAGCAUCAUCUAGUUCAUUAGUCUUUGGUUCAACACCAGCAACACCAGCAUCAACUAGUUCAUUAGUUUUUGGUUCAACACCAGCAACACCAGCAUCAACUAGUUCAUUAGUUUUUGGUUCAACAGCAACACCACCGACAACAACGUCAGCCAAAGUUUUUGGAGACACAUCAAUAUUUGGUGGAACAGCAUUCGGAUCUGCUACAAUGAGUUUUGGUUCAUUAGGCACUGGUUCCAAUACUAAAUUACCAGAAACUCCACUGAAAGCAGAUGGACCCACUGCAUUUUUAAAUACCGAUAACAUCACAACGUUUUCCAGUCUCGCAGCCAAAGCCAGUCAACCAGUUGGUUUCAAAACGGAUCCUAAUUUCUCAUUUGCUGGCGCAGGACAAUCAUUGUUUGGUUCUAAGCCUUCGGUAACUAAAAAUGAAAAAACUCCUAAGAAAGAUGAAGACGAGGAAGAUGAUAAGGCAGACGAUGGUCAGGAAUAUGAUCCGCAUUACGAGCCAAUAAUUCCACUACCUGAUGCGAUUGAAGUUUGGACUGGCGAAGAAGACGAAGAAAAAGUAUUCAGUCAACGUGCGAAAUUGUACAGAUAUGAAACGGAAACGAAAGAAUGGAAAGAACGAGGUGUUGGUGACAUGAAACUUCUGCACCAUGUUGAGAAAGGAACUUAUCGGCUCUUGCUGCGACGUGAGCAAAUACACAAAAUUGUUUGCAACUUUUCCUUAUCACCAGACUUGGAAUUCCAGCCGCUAAAAACAUCUGACCGCAGUUGGAUAUGGGUGGGAAUGAAUUACAUUGAAGGUGAACUUGUGUUGGAGCAGUUGGCAGUGAGAUUCAAAAACCCGCAACUGGCAAUGGAGUUCAAGCAGGCGAUAGAUAAAGCCCAGCAGGAGUUACGAGAAAGACCACCGCGUAAUAAUGAAGACUCACAUGGAGAUGAUGACUACCCGGAGUAUCAUGUCGAAGAAGAAGACGAUGAUGAGCAUGAUGAAGAAGAUGAUGAACAAUCGAUGAUGUUUGAACGAGCUGCUAAGUUGUUUUUGCUAGAAGAUGACGGGUGGCAUGUGUUGACUGAUGGUCAGCUCAAGAUGCUGUACGAUUCUGAAUUGUACGGGGCGCGGAUUAUGUUCGAGACUGCCUCAGGAAAUAAUAUUUGCAACUGUGUUAUCGCAAUAGAAACGGAAAUUCAGGUUGAAAAAAAUGAAUGUAUAUGGACUGCAAUUGAUGAUACAUUCGAACCCUUAGCACGACGUACUUUCAAAGCUCAAUUUUCAUCAGAAGAAGAUGCACAGGAAAUGUAUAUGCACUUCCAAGAUGCUCACGAUUAUGCACGCCAAGCUGACAUUAGUGAACACAAUUAUAUAUAUAACUCAUAUAUAUAGAUAACGAUUUUUCAUCGGCUAGAUAAUAUUUUUUUUCUACUUGAUUGGAUACAAAAAACUUAUUUUUAAUUACUUUAAAAAUUAAAAUUAAGUAAAACUAGAAAAAAAAAAAAAUAAUUAAAUAAAAAUAUUAAUUUCUUCUUUCACGUUUGUAAAUUUGAAUAAUUAAAAUUACGUAGUUUAAAUAAUUUUUUUUUUACUUAAUAUUAAUUUUUAUUUUACAUGGGAUCAAAUCUAAAAGAAAAGAUUGUAGAAACUUUCUAAAAAAUUUAUCUACUUAUUUUAAAAUCAUUAAAUAAAAAUAAGACUUUUUUUUAAGUAACAACAGAU